UUUGGCUUCAUCAGAGUCAAUAAUGUUCAUGCGGACAGACACACAUGACACAUCUAUCUGAAUAACGCAAGCCAUGCACGUUUUUUAGGAGCAUGCGCAGUAAUGGAAAUAUUCAAUUCAACCAUAUAUGCACGCCCAAAGCGUGUGCAUGGGGUGCUUCAGUUUUUAGGUGCCCCGAAGCAAGCGCUCUCCUCUCCUCCUCUCAAUCCCGGGAGUAAUACGGUUGCUUCCCGCGUUGGCGAUUCUGGCAAACCAUGCAAAGCAACACACAUAUACGUACCUCUCCCAGCAAGCAAGCAGCAGAGGACAACGCAGAAUUCCGACAACGGCGUAUGCUCACCUCCAGCUCCAGCUCCCCAGCCAUUUCAAACAACUCGAUCUCUUGAGCUCUUGGUUCCGUACCAUCUCAUCAUCCUCGAUCAGUUCUGCACGCCUCGCCAUUGUCCUCCGGCCAAGCCGCAGUUGGUCGAUCGCCUCGAUCCUCCGGUGAGCGAUCGCUUCAAGAAACGUGCGUGCACAUGCACGGCCGGCGGCGGCGCUAAAUAUAAUAGACGUCAACAAUUUUGCCGCCGGGGCCGGAACGAUGAUGCUGCGGGUGCACCGUCCUCUUGGCAUUGGCAGCAUGCUGCUGUGCCACCCUUUCUCGGCCUGCCUCGUCGGCAGCAGGGCGGCGUCGGGCGGGCGCCGCCGGGGGGAUAAUAAUAAUGGGUGGCCGCCGCCGGAGCCAUCGGCGAGCACGUGGAGGAAGCCGGAGCCCGGGCGACUGAAGCUCAACUUCGACGGGUCGUCGAGGCACGGCGGCGCGUCGUCGUCCAGGCGGCGCGCGAGCAUCGGCGGCGUGUACCGCGACCACGAGGGCGGGUUCGUGCUGGGCUACGCGGAGCGUAUCGGCGCCGCGACCAGCUCCGUGGCGGAGCUCGCCGCGCUCCGGCGCGGGCUGGAGCUCGCCGUGGCCAACGGCUGGCGCAGCGUCUGGAUCGAGGGCGACGCCAAGACCGUGGUCGACGUCGUGCGGAGCCGCGCGCGGGUGAGGGUGCGGUCCCCGGAGGACCUCCGCCUGUGCGGGGAGAUCGAGAAGCUGCUGCCGCUGCUCGACGACAUGAGCGUCUCGCACGUCCGGCGCCAGGGCAACCGGGUGGCGCACGGCUUCGCCAAGCUCGGCCAUGGCGCCGCGCGGCCCAGGGUGUGGCGCGACGUCCCGCCCGACGAGGUGCUCAGGUUCCUGCAGCGCGACGCCGAGGGGAGAUGAUGUGAUGAUCUCCGUCCCCAUGCGCGCGCGUGCAUUUCUCUUGUGCAGUUUGAUUGGCGGUCGAGAUCAUGCAUGCAGUUGCUGACUUUGUACAGAGUUCUGAUUGUACGUGAACACCAGCUUGGUUUUUCUUUUUUUUUUUUGACAAAUUGUCAACCGAGUGACAAAACACAUUAAAACACUUGAAUCUACCAAGCAAACUAAAUCGAGUGUCCCAAGCCUCUACAA